ACAACCUGCCUCCACCGGUGAAUUAAACAGUGAAAUGCCUUCUCCCAAAGCGAAGAACCCGGGUCGCAGCGGGGGCAGCCCGGUGCUCGGCAGCACCAACGGCCGCUACGAGUUCAUGUCGUUAACGAAGCCGUUGAACAGGUCCUCUCCUCCGGCGCUGCUCCUCCAGCGGCAGGGCUCCGACCCGACCACCGCCCGACUCAGAGCCUCGGAGAGCCCCACUCGGCGCCGCGGCUCCAGCUCCUCCACGGGCUCCGGGAGCGGUGGUCAGGGGCCGCCAGAGGAGGACGGGAUCCGGCUCAACCCUUCCUUUAUCCGGGUAGCGCUCAGCUCGCUCCUCGCCAUCGACCUGUGGAUGUCCAAGCGGCUGGGAGUGUGCGCCUGUGAGGACUCCUCCUGGGGCAGUGUGCGUCCUCUAAUGAAACUCAUAGAGAUCUCUGGACAUGGCAUCCCCUGGCUGGCUGGGUCCGCCUACUGUCUGUACAAGAGUGACAGUGCAACAGGACAAGAAGUCAUGCUCAACCUGCUCAUGGGCCUGCUGUUGGACCUGGUCCUGGUCGGCAUUGUUAAGGCAGUGGUGCGUCGCCGUCGGCCAUCACAUAACCGCAUGGACAUGUUCGCCACCUUUUCCGUGGACCGCUACUCCUUCCCUUCAGGCCACGCCACCCGCGCCGCCAUGUGUGGGCGGUUCCUGCUGGCUCACCUCGUGCUGGCAGCCCCGCUGAGGGUCCUGGUCCUGCUGUGGGCCGGCCUGGUGGGGCUGAGCCGCGUGCUGCUGGGCAGGCACAACGUGACUGACGUGAUGUUUGGCUUUUGGAUGGGCUACUGCCAGUACAACCUGGUAGAGAUGCUGUGGCUCUCGCCUCAAACCCUGCAAGGGCUGCUGGGACAGUUAGCUUAAUAAUAAGGAUCGAAGGAGGAGGAGACACGGUGGUUUAAAUUUUGAUUGUCGGAGCACCUGUGCACCUUUUUUUUCUUUUAAACUGAAAUAUAAGACAAAUGGUCUUUUGGCUAGGGAAGAAAGCUCUAUCAAGCACUGCUUUGUUCUGCUGUUAUCUGACACUUACAGG